GUGCAGCGCGGCGAUCGCCGGUGCGCUGUGUCCCUCGGACACAGCGGAUCACGGAAAGAGCCGAAGAUGUCGGCUCGGUCAUGUGAUCAGCUGUGUCCAAUCACAGCUGAUCACAUAGGAGAGCCGGUAAUCGGCAUUCCACGGAGAGGACAUGUACACUGAUCAUCAGGGCACUGAUGAUCAGUGUGCCCUGAUGAUCAGUGUGGCCCCAGAAGUGCCACCUGUCAGUGUCCAUCAGUGCCAGCAGUCAGUGCUCAUCAGUGCCACAUGCCAGUGCCCAUCAGUGCCACAUCAAUGCCACAUAUCAGUGCCCAUCUGAGCUGUCUUUCAAUGUCACCAAUCAGUGCCAGUCGGUGCCACCUAUCAAUGCCAAUUAGUGCCACCUAUCAGUGCUGCCAAUCAGUGCCACCUAUCAGUGCCAGUCAGUGUCGCCUAUCAGUGUGCAUCAGUGCCGCCUAUCAGUGCCAGUCAGUGCCGCAUAUCAUG